GUUUGGUCUGGUUUGGUUUUCGCUGCAAAAAAUGUAAAAUCCUUAAAAUUUCUGUUUAUUUUGAACCAUUUCGUGCAAAUUAAAGUUGUAUACCAACUUCCAUCGUCGUUCUCGUCUUAAAAGUAUCCCAUUUCUGCCAUAUAAACUGUGAAAAUUAUCGGAAAACUGCACAUCCAGCGACAAUGAGAAACUGUUUCGUGUUGGGCUGUGAUAAUGCCCAUCGAGACAAUCCCAGGCGGGCAAUGUUCUACAUUCCAAAGGAUCCAGAGAUGUUUGAGAAGUGGCGUGAAGCACUGCCGAAGCACCGGGAUCUGAAGGUACACGAUCGGGUGUGCGAGAAACACUUUCGCCCUUCGGACAUCCUGCGGAACUGGACCCACACAAUCAAUGGCCUCACAGCGGUCCUCCCGCGAAAGAAACCAACGCUGCUGCCGUCUGCCGUACCUUUACCAGAGGAACCGCUGAAGAGGAAAAAGCCAGCCAAAGAAAUAAGGAUGACUCCGGUUGAAACAGAACCAGGAGCGGAGAAACAGAUCCAAGUGAUCGAGGUAUCCGUUUGCGUGCCAGGCGAAGAAGAAGAGCAGCAGAUCGAGCCAGUGAUUGAGGAGUUGUCUCCCGUGUUUGAAGAACUGUACGACAAUGUCUACGACGUUGAGCUUCCCUCGUCGCUGUGGGGAAUUCACCGAGAUCCAAAGCGGAAGUACGUUGCCUUUACACGCUUCGAUUGGGAAUCCGGCGGCGGAGAUGAAGGUGCUUUAGAACGGACCGCCUUGCUUAUCGAGGAAACGGCCCGCAUUCGAGUGUGGCACAAGAACCACCUGGCAUUGGACUGUGACGCUCCGGAACUCCUACCGAUCGCCAGCUUAUUAGAGAAGAUCGAAGAAGCGAUAAGUAGGGGCGACAACCCUUUAGAGUUGAAUUUAGAAGACAUAGGGAUGACUCUUGACUGAAAUUUAGUUUUCGAAUAAAUGAUACUUACACAUAAAUGAAA